UGCAGUUGCCAGGGAACAGAGGAAACUGAGAAGCGUGACGGAGUGUGAAGACGACGCUGGAAAGUAGGACAUGUGCAGGAAGCUGUGUGCAGGAGCAGAGCGACACCACCUCCUCUGAGCAGAGCAAGCGCAAGGCAGGCUGGGCGGGGGGGUGGCGGACAGGCGCCCGCGAGCGCUCGUGGGGGCCGGGCGCAUGGUGCCGCGGCGCCGGAUUCCGGCGGCAAUCUGACAGGCGUCCCUGCGAACCCGAGACCCGCCGCCCCGUGGACACGCCACCUGCCACCUGCCUGCCAUCGGAGCGGACGCUAGCGGGGGGAGGAAGGAGGCCGGAACGGAAGCUCCAGGGCGCCCUCCACAGCAGCCCCCACAGCACCCGGCACUCCCGCUUCCCUUGGGGGGGGGGUACCACUGAGAUAUCAUGGAGACCAUGGAGGUGAAGGACGAGUGGCAGGACGAGGACUUUCCCAGGCCUCUCCCUGAAGAUGAGGACAUGGAUUCAUGCUGUGGGCUCGCUGAGCAGAGGAUGUCUCCGCCCGGUUUCCCGAACGUGGCCCACGAGUCGGGCUCCGCGGGCAGUCGGAAGCGGCGCACUCUGGUGGCUCCGGACACGAGCGUGUCUCUGGACCUCGCUGAGGGCUCCCCGCCCUCCGAUGACUUCCUGGGCACGCCCGAUGACCUGGACAUCAACGUGGAUGACAUGGAGACGCCCGAUGAGACGGACUCCCUUGAGUUCUUCAACGGCAGCAACGAGCUCGAGUGGGAAGAUGACACCCCUGUGGCCAGCGCCAAGGCAACCCCUGGUGACGGGGCAGGGUCAGCAGGGGAGGGCAGAGCCAAAGGCUGCUUGUGGCGGACGGUGAUCAUCGGGGAGCAAGAGCAUCGUAUCGACAUGCAGGUCAUCCGGCCGUACCUGCGCGUCGUCACGCACGGGGGUUACUACGGUGAAGGUCUCAACGCCAUCAUCGUGUUUGCGGCCUGUUACCUACCGGACAGCGGCUGUGCCGACUAUCAGUGCAUCAUGGAGAACCUCUUCCUGUAUGUGGUGAGCAGCCUGGAGCUGCUGGUGGCUGAAGACUACAUGAUCGUCUACAUGAACGGAGCCACGCCCCGGCGGAAGAUGCCGGGCAUUGGCUGGCUGAAGAAGUGCUACCACAUGAUCGACAGGAGGCUGCGGAAGAACCUGAAAUCUUUAAUCAUCGUUCACCCUUCGUGGUUCAUCCGCACCGUGCUGGCCAUCUCCAGACCGUUCAUCAGCGUGAAGUUCACGGACAAAAUCCGCUACGUACACAGCCUGGAGGAGCUGGCCCAGAUCGUUCCGAUGGAGCACGUCCACGUCCCCGAAUGCGUGACGCAGUUUGACGCGGACAGGAUUAAGGCGCACAAGCAAAGCCCGGAGCAGCGGCAGCGGCAACCAGAGUCUCCGGGGAGCCAGACGAGGCCACCGUCGAUGGUGGAGGAUCCCGGCCACUGACGCUCGUCAUCGCUUUUUGAUCCAGUUUAGAGCACAAAGAAGUCUUGAAGGGACAAUGAGCGGUGAAUAGACGUCUCUCCGGAACCUUCCGGCCUCCCGCUUGGUCCCCCGAAAGAAGAAUCCACAAGUCAAACUGUGCUGCCCCCCCCUCAACAGAGCAGUGUGUUCCGGAUUGUGUCAGUCCAGCGUCGUACAUCCAAAUUGUUCCACGCAAGUGAGGAGGUGACAGGACCCCAAGGACAGUCAUUGGCAAGGAAGAAGUUUGUCUUCCUGUGGAGGCAGUCAAGACGUCUGAGGGGAACUGUGGACGCAGCGGCCUCGCGCCACACACCCUGAGAACAGCAGCGGUGCUGAGACAAUGGUGGUGGGGGUGUGGGGGGUCCACGCCGCAGGAGGCCCCUUGCUGUUCGUUUCAGAGUGAGGGCUGUCCCAGUAAUUACUGACCGCGCAGCUCCGUUGCGCCAACGGGAGGCGAAUGGCCAGGGAGCCGAGUCCUCGCGGCACGGGUUCGACAACCUCGGGGGCCUCCUUUUUGCCGCGGUCACACUUCUUGCGGUGCUUCCAGAAUCGCCUGUCUUCUCAGACACUGCGGUCGCGUGUCGCAGAUCGGCUCCCUCCACUCCCCACUGCACCUCCGCCAGGGGUCUCGAACCCUGGACCGCUUCUCACACACCUGUUGUCAAUCAGCUCCAAACAAUUAAUGCCAUGAGGCUCAGUGUCAAUAAAGUGGAGAUUCCUACAGGCUGGAGUGAAUCCCAGCCGCGCUCCUGUCUGCGCGCGCACACACACACACACACACACACACACACACACACACACACACACACACACACACACACUGAGCCUCACAUUCGCACUAGCCACUGCGCCGCAGUUCGGCACCGAAGAGUCGCGUUCCGAUAUAACAGCCCGAAAUUCAGGGGAUGCGUGCGGGGGGGGGGUUAGUGAAGAUG